GGAGUGUGGCGCAUUCAGGAGACCGUCACCGAAUGAAACUGGCUUUGCGGUAGCGGACAUUGUGGGUCUACGUAUCAGGUAUCAUCAAGGAAUGACCUUCCUCCUGCUUGAACCGGAAUGUCGCCCGUUUCCUUGACGCUGUUGGAGAAGCACUGGAUGUGAAAACAGCGCCAUUUCUGUCGGCGUCCAUGAACGCGAUGCUACCGCAGCGGAUUCCAGAGCUCGAGCUCGGAACGGCAGCGGGAGAGAAAUAGCCGCUCCCCUUUCGCUGCUUCUUUUUACUUCAGCCCACGGCAGGUUUUGCCGGUGAAGUAAGACGUAGCCCCAAAAUGGAUCCUUCCGACUGAGACGCAAACACGUCUUGUGUUUUGCUCAGCAGCUGAGAUCUAUCAGCAGCAUAAGCCAUGCCUGACGAGUAAAAUCCCCUUUUUUGCUCCAAGCAAUAAAAAAGAAAAAAAAAACAUCCUACAUGCCUCCCCAUGUAGAGCCCCUUCAGUGCAUCUUGCUGGAGUGACUGCCCCCCUCUUCCCAAGGUUCUGCCUCGUCUUUUCUGUUUACCCUUCUCCACCUACCAGCCUACAGCAACUACCUAUCGCAAUGCUGCUCCACCUGAGAAUGGCCAACACCUGAGGUCCCAUGCGUCCGGUGAGCACCGAUUCAGACGGUCCUGCUCCUCCUGAAAACCUCUCUUGCCCCGACCCCCUUGUGGGCCCCCUGCCUGCCCCAGAGAUGUCCUUGCUCCAGUCGCUGGGUCCAGUACAAAGCUGGCUUGGCCAGGAGCUUGAGAAGUGCGGGAUUGAUGCCAUGAUUUACACCCGCUACGUCCUCAGCCUCCUCCUGCAUGACAGUUAUGACUACGACCUGCAGGACCAGGAAAACGACAUCUUCUUAGGCUGGGAGAAGGGAACUGGGAAGAAAUGGGGCAAGAGUAAGAAGAAAGGUGGGACCGACCUGAGUCUUGAGGAAAUGAAGAAGCAAGCUGCUGUGCAAUGCCUCCGCUCUGCAUCUGAUGAAAACUCUGGAAUUGAAAGCCUGGUUGAAGAGCUUUGCUCUAAACUAAAGGACAUCCAAAACAAACAGAAAGAGGAAAAACAGAUUCAGAAGAAAUCUGAUGGCUCCCAGUCUCCAGAGCGAGCUGAGUCACCUUCUUCAAAGGACCAGGUGGAAAUGUAUUAUGAAGCCUUUCCUCCUUUGUCAGAGAAGACUGUUUGCCUCCAAGAGAUCAUGACGGUGUGGAACAAGGCUAAAGCCUGCACAUACUCAAGUUCAUCAUCCUCUGCAGCCCCACAGACCAGCACAGACACCUCUUCCCCAAAAGAUUGCAACAGUGAAGGAGAGGCUGCAAAGGAGCACAACCUCGAGGAGUGUGGUACCAUCACUACUGUGACCAAUGAAAGAGGCCAGCAACGACGAAGCAAGAGGGAGAAAGAAAACAGAUACCAUGGUGGUGCAGCAGUGGAUGAGAAGUCUACCAUCCACUCAAAGAGACAGACGAGACAUAGAUCUGAGGGCAAAUACAGACCCAGAUCCUGGUCUUCUGGCUCUAGUGAGGCGGGCUCAAGUUCAAGUGGGAACCAGGGUGACUCUAAGUCAUCUAGAAGCAAGACAGUUAGAAUAAGGCACAAAUCCAGGGAGGCUGCAAAGAAUAGGAGAACACGCAACAGUGGGCAGGUAAAGCUUCAAGUGAAGGUAAUUGACAAAGAGGAUCGAAGAAACACAGGAGGGAGCUGCAGCAAUGCCACUGGUGGUGCUGCCAAACAACCACAGCUAUACAAAAAGGGGAAGAGACCGCUAAAGGAGAUUCGUAAAGAUCCAGGCUGGAAGGAAGCGAAAGAGUCCGGAGUUGAGGUCAGAAACAAGAUGGAAUAUAUGGAGGAGCCACUUUGGUACACUGAGCCCAUCACAGAAUAUUUUGUACCUUUCAGCAGCAGACAAAGCAAGCUGGAAACAAAAUAUCGAAGCAAGACGGAAUCUCCUGAUGACUUUGCUUUGUCAACAGACAUGGAAAGGUUGCCAGAGAGAAUCCAGGGAAUCUGCAUUGCCAAUGAGAGCUACCAGAGAGCAUACCUAGCAGCAGGCUCAUUUGUGGAUGGGCACUUUGUGGAAGGGCCUGGCGAAGCAGAAGAUGAAACUGCUGAACUCACUGGGACCUCAAGCUGCCCUCAGCCAGAGGAUAGUAGAGAUUUAGAUGACAAGCAUCUGUCUGAAUUCACUCACUUCUAUGAAGUUGAUAUUUAUCAAUCCAUAUUGGAUACUAGUGCCUCAGACUCUAUACAAGAGAGUCGGAUCUUGAGCAUGAUUCGACAGAAAAGCAAAGAGCAAAGAGACGUUGAGGCAGAAUGUUCUUUAGUGUUAGAUGGCCUUGAGCAGCAAGGGAAAAGUGCAAUACUGGCAGACUCACAGGAAGCUUCGGAAUCUGUUGGAUUCCUCAUGGAGGAUCUAGAAAACAUGGCUCAAGUGUGGGGAUGUUACUCACCAUCUACUUCAGAAGAUAUAGAUGGAGAAAGCUUCGCAGGCGACUCUCCAAUUCGACUCUCCCCCCAUCUUGAUAGUGUUUCAUUCACCCUGAGCAAGCUGUCUGGAAAUCUCGAGGAGCCACCUGUUCCUGAAGCCACCAGUGAACCAUCUGGGUUGAACUCAUCCUGCUUCUCUCUUUUUGAGCUGCAGUAUGAUAGCCCCACUUUUCCUUUUCCCCGCGACUCACUCACCAUUGGUCACGAAAACAACACAGAUUCUAGUAGCUGUCUCGACCCACAUUCUAAUAAACAGUCUCGUUUGCUAAUAUGGACCAAAAAUAGUGCCUUUGACGAAACUGAACACUGUUCAAACCUUUCAACACGAACUUGCAGUCCUUGGUCACAUUCAGAAGAAACUCGUUCAGACAAUGAGCAAGGAAAUGUUCCAACAGAGGAUGCUGCUCAAACUGGCAAUGAAGAGAUUGAUUGUAUGAUCCCGCCUCUCUCUGGAACAUAUCUUGAGGAUGAAAUCUUGGAUUUUUUGCAAGAAAAUUCUGGCCGCACGUGUGACGAGGUCAGUCUUACUACAGGAUCCAAUCAGACCUUCAUCAAAAAAUCAAAAUUAGAGUCCAUUUGUGGUAUAGCGUUGGAAGAGGAUGAGAGUAAACAGUACAGCACUGGCAUGUUUUCAGACAACACAAACCAACAUAGUGAUGACUACAGCUCAGGGAUAAUAAAGGACAUUUGGACUGCAAUAGGAGAUGGCAAAAAUGUUAUUUCUAGGCAAGGAGCAGAAAAAACAAGUGAGGGGUUAUUUGCAGAUGAGUCAAGCGGCUACUGCUGCAGUUGUCUGGAGGUGCAGUCAAAAGGAGUUCCAAUUCAGGGACCUCAGAAAAAAGCAGUGCAGCGGUCAGAGUAUCACCUUUGGGAUGGCAAGAAAGAAGAACAGGACUUAGCCAAAAACAAACUGUCAAAGGUAGAUGGUGCUGGGGACUACAUGACUCCGUCCAAGCCUUGGGACUUCAGCUCUGACAAGGAGAGUACAUCAUUCAUCCUAGGAGGGGUGUAUGGAGAGUUGAAGACACUAAGUGGUGAUAAGAAUUGGGCUGUUCUGCCGCCUAGUGGCACCCAAGAAAGCCUGUUACAGUGUGCUGCUGCAGCUGCAUCUGCUUCUAGUGCAGACAUGCUAACCAUCACUGGCACAGAUGUGUUCAUGAACACUGGCAGCUGCUUUGCCCCUGGGCACAGGCCCCUGUGGAGGCCACUUGUGUCCUUUGGGCAGAGUGACCAGGCCAUUAGAGGAGGCGGAGAUGGAUUGAAUAAGGGAUUUUCUUUCAUCUUCCAUGAAGAUUUGCUGGGAUCUUGUGGAGGUUUGCAUAGUGAGGAGCAAGGUUUAGAAUACCCGUUUGCAUCCUUCAACCUGAACAAUCCCUUCUCUCAAGUCCUCCAUGUUGAGUGUUCUUUUGAGCCUGAGGACAUGGCUUCGUUCAGUCCAGGGUUCAAGCCCAAGUCUAUUCUUUGCUCAGACUCUGAGAAUGAAGCCUUUCACCCACGAAUAUAUGGCAUCAACCGGACACAGUACAGGGCCAUCCGCAUCUCCCCCAGGACUCAUUUCCGACCAAUAUCGGCCUCAGAGUUGUCUCCUGGUGGAGUGAGUGAUUCAGAGGCUGAGACUGAAAAAGAGGAGAUGAGUUUUCCCGUCCUUGCGCCGGUUGAUGUCUUUGAUGAUCCUCAGGCAGACCUCAAACCUCUGGAGGAGGAUGCAGAAUGUGAGGGCCCUUAUUAUGGGAAGUCAGAACUGGAAUCUGGUAAAUUCUUACCCAGAUUAAAGAAGUCUGGCAUGGAAAAGAGUGCCCAGACCUCUCUGGAUUCACAGGAGGGCUCCAGUACCCUCAUGCCAAUCGCUGAGCAAGAGAUUUGCUUAGACUGCAAAACGGAAGCAGCUGCCUCAACUGCAGGUGGAGAGACAGACCUCUCAGCGGACAAGAUUCAAAAGGAGGAAUCUUCAGGAGAGAAACAGGCCUGCUUACGUGCACCAGCAGGUCAGAUCCCAAAGUAUGGGAUUGCUUAUGACUUUGUUGGAGAGCUGCCAGAGUUCCCUUUGUUAAAUGUAAAUCGACAGGGAGGAGCUAGUAACCAGCAAGAUGAGUGCUGGUGGCAGAACACACUCUGUUCCCCCCUUUUCCCUGGAUCUCAGUGUACAGGAAGCAGCAACAUAUGAAUACGGCAGUUUUACAGAGGACGUUUGUCGAAGGGGGGAAACCUUCCUCUCCUUUUGUGACUGGACCUCUACCAGCAAAAUUUCAGGGUCAUCUCAGAGUGGAAAACGUAGGCGAAUUUUCUGAGACACCCCUCCAAAACCCCCACACAUAACCCUGCUGGUUUUCAUUUACUAACUUAAAACCUUGUGUAAUCAAUCAGAUCAACAAAAAAUGUAAAAAAUGAAAAUAGGAAAACUCAAAAAAUACGUUCUGUCUUUGAGUGAUGCCAUGUGCGGACAUGCAUUUAAGGCAUUUUAGAAUUUGUUUCACUUGAUUCUUCUGUACACUGGUCCUCAUUCAAGUCUCACAGUUAGGUAGUAAGGACAAUCUUUUGUUCUAUCCAUGUCAGUUUUGUUCCCACCAUUUUGCUUUUGAACUAGGAUACUGGUAGUUGGUGGUGUCUGAAUGGUUGUGCAUGUGUGUUCGUCCAGCCAGUCUCACUCCUCUUUUUCUAGUUGAACCUAAUGUUGUGUGCAACAACUGUUAUCGCAUCCUCUACUUUCCAUCUGUUGUUCAGAAAGAUAAUACAAGGAUGUUGAGAUUUUGGAGUUGUUUAAAAAUUUGAGAGUUUAAUUUAAAUUUGUUUGGACGACUUUGUGAAUGAGAAGUAGAGAAUGCGUGCAGCUUUCUUCUAAAUAUUCCUAAAUUCCCCAUGUGUGAAAAGAUUUUUGAAUGGUUAUAGUCUUACAGAAGCUAGUAGUAGAUGGUUUGUGAGGCUAAGAUAAAAAAAGUAAAAAAAAAAAAAAAAAAACAGGAAAUCAAAAGGAGUUUUGUUGGAAAAAAUACUAAUAAUCUACUUGAAAUGCAAUGCUGUUAAAGAAUUGGGGAUAAAAAAGAAAAAAAAAUUCUGUUUUUGGGUCAAUACCCAUUACAAAAAGACAACUACAGCCAUUUCUGCAGACAUCUGUGUUGCAACUGAAUGAAACUUUGUUUUAUUUUUUUGUAAUUUCUAUGGUACGGACUAUUGGUGCUAUAAAUACGUUCAAAAAGAUUUUGAAGUUGCAGUUCCAUGAUAAGGCUGUGGUAAGUAGAUGGCAUAGCCUAGUUUUUUUUGUAGUCCAGACAGUCAGACUCCAUGAAUAUCUUUUUGCGAAAAAUUGUGAAAAGAAGAAAAAUGUUUUUGCCUGAUCGCAGUUCUUGCUUAAUGUGGCUUGGUUUUUCUUUUAAGGUAACCUCUUAGUUGUCAGGCCUGUAACAGCUUAAGCAGAAAUACCUGCAGGUAUUUAAAUCUCAAGUUUCUACAAAUCUUUUUAGUUCAUUGUUCCUAGGCAGAAAUGUCAAAAUCAGCACUGACUGAUAGUUAAUUGUUCAUGCUGCAAGUAAAAAAAUAUAAAAUAAAACAAGUGGAGGGGUGAUGCUCAAACCAAAAACAUGGCAUAAUUACACUUAGGUACAAAUGCUUUUUUAUUUCAUGAUGUGUGUCUUUAUUUUUUGGUUUGCAAUAUAUCUUGUUGAAAUAUUGAGCAAUGUCUCUGUGUGUGCGUGUGUGUGUGUGUGUAAGUGUCACAGAACUUGUGAAGGCACUAGUUCAGAGUGAGUGAACUAGAACUUUAUCUCAGAGAAAUGUGAGUGUAUGCAGAGACAUGCAUUCACAAAAAAUUUAAAAUGCAUAAAUGCGCCCUAAAUUUAAAACACACCUGAAGAAAUGAGCUGUUAAAACCUUUGAGGUGUGGUUGAAGUGGCCCUUUUCAGACCUAUGCUUUGAAAAUGAAGUUAAGUUAAAGCCUCUGCAGAAAAUGCAUCGAGCAUUUCUUAAAACCUGCAGUUUUUUUGGAUUUUUUUUUUUUUUUUUUGUUUGUUUUGUUUUUUAAAAUUUUCAAACAGGCUAUGAGGACAGUAUCAGGGUGACUUAUUUGUCACAUGAUACCAUGAAACUGAAGCACAGAUAACUAAUAUCAUCCCUCCAUUAAUGGUUUAAAAGAGUAUGUUUGCAGUGUGAGCAGGCUAGCUGUAAUGCACUGUCGCAGGUGAAGGUGUGUCUGUUUUGGGCAUGGCUUUGGAAAUGCUUCCUCAUUUAAAAAUGCAAAGAUUGUAUGCAAAGGCCCACGGUUUGUUCAGUCCAGUGCCGCUUCAGUUGAAAAAGGACCCCACAGAAGCUGAAAGGUACUCCAACUUCAGGGUCUUGGUACCUUUCUUUGACAGUCAUCAGACACUCAGGAAUUUUUUAAUAUAAGCAUACUGCAUAAUCUACACUCAUGCCUGUGACAGUGCAUUGAGGCUUUAAUGUAAAACCUUUGAUUGUAGAGCAGAAAUUAUUGACAGUUCUUUCAAAGCAAAUCACACAGGUCUUUAAUUUAGAGCUUUAGUUUUAGAAAAAAAAAGAAGUAAGCCAUUGUAGAUUGCAUAAGCAAUGCAGAGGGGAAUGAAAGUCCUAUGCAAUACCGUGGCGCAUGUAAACAUUCAAGAAUAUAUGGAGAAAAGUCAUUCAGUUAAUUUUGCAUGGUAUUACUUUUGAUCGAGGGACAUCUGAGUAAAAAAAUAAACCAUGGAAUGUCUCUGAAAUACAGCAUGCAAACAUCACACUCCCAUCUUUUUAUGUUGGACUAAACAAUACAUUUUGGUUUUAAAAAAAUACAUGUGAGGUUAAAUUGGUGAUUGAGAGGAUGUUAUGAUUGUGCGCAUGAAUAUGUGGGCGAACUUGUGCAAGAAGCUAAGCACUUACAUGGGAGUUGAAAGGAAUGCAUCACACCUUUUUCCAUUUUAGUUCUUCCAUUUUGAUAGGCUGUUUGAGAAAAAAAUAGAGUAUGAUGAAAAUAUGCUUUCAUUGAGGGUACAUGUAUUUGGAUCUACACUGAAAAGGGUCGCUGAGUUUCGACUGCACUAUGGUCUGCAGAACAUAUCCAGCACUGAAAACUUUGAGUUUUCCUCAUCUUUUCAUUCCCACCUAGAUGCUCCUUCACCCGCCCCCUUCCUCCACGUUCCUAAAAUCCCAUCUGUCCCAAGUAGCUCUGUUGUUCUAAUUUCAUGUACACCCUGAGUAAAUUAUUUUGUUUCAUUGUGGAUUUUCUUAACAUCUAAUAAAGGAAUAAACCAAACCUCAA